AUGCAUGUUUAUAACACACUGUUACUGAUAGUAGGCCUAGCGCCAAGUCUGCUAUCGGCUUCAUCUUUACCUCCAUCUGGUAUCGUCGAUCUCGGGUACUCGCAGUACCAAGGAAUAUCGUUGUACAAUGGCGUUGAUGAGUUUCUCGGCAUGAGAUAUGCAAAGGCGCCAGUGGGCGAAUUGCGAUUUCGAGCGCCACAGGAUCCCGAAUCUACGGAUGAAGUCUUGGAUGCAUCAUCGUUCGGUCCCGUGUGUGUAGGCGUUGGUCAAACGGCCGGUGCCUCGUUCGCAGAAGAUUGCCUGUUUGUCAAUAUUUACCGGCCCAAUAAUGCGUCCACGACUGCGAAUCUCCCCGUUUGGGUGUUUAUCUCCGGGGGUGGAUAUGCCGAUAUCUCCAAUGCGAAUUUUAACGGCAGUGAAGUGGUACAGCGAUCGGGCCACGGUAUUGUCUUGGUCAAUUUCAACUAUCGUGUUGGUGUACUGGGAUUUCUGGCUGGCAAAGAGCUGCGCAAGAAUGGUGAUUUGAACGUGGGUUUGCUUGAUCAGAGGAAAUUGCUGUCUUGGGUGCAGCAGCAUAUCCAUCGCUUUGGUGGAAACCCCGACCAUGUGGUUAUUCACGGUGACUCAGCGGGUGCCGGGUCCGUCGCGCAUCAUGUCACAGCCUACGAGGGUCGCGAUAUGAAUCUUUUUGCGGGUGCGAUUGCCGAGUCGAAUUUCUGGCCGACACAACGAACGGUCGCAGAGAUGGAAUUCCAGUACACGCGGUUUGCAAAGGACGUCGGGUGUGGCAAAGUCAAGGAUACACUCUCUUGUCUUCGUACAGUUGAUAUUCAGACAAUUCAAGAGUAUGACGUGGAUGAGCCUUUCCCAGGCGGAAGUAGCAGCCCUGUACCACUAUGGUAUUGGCUCCCCGUGGUGGAUGGCGAUUUGGUGCCUGAUAUACUUUACACCCUCUUCGAACAAGGCAAAGUGGUUCAUGUUCCGGUGAUGGUCUCGGAUGAUACCAAUGAGGGAACUGCCUUUGCCGUGAACGCGACCAGUCCCGCCGAAGUGUCGCAGUUCAUGAAAAACAACUACCCUGGGCUGACGGAGGACCAGCUCGAGGCCAUAAACAACGAGUACCCAUUGAUGGCGGCUUUGCCUAAACAUGCUGCUUAUUUCCCCUCUGCAGCCGCUGCGUAUGGUGACUCGACCUUCACCUGUCCCGGCAACCACAUGUCAGCCUCCAUGGCACGAUUCGUCUCGUCGGACAAGGUGUGGAAUUAUCGCUGCAACAUAUUGGAUCCAGCAGAGAUUGCGGAUGGGAUGGGGGUUCCACAUGUUUUCGAGAUGCCGGCGGUCUUUGGGCUCGGUGAAACCAACGAAGCUUCGGCCUCUUUUGCCACCACCAACGCCGGUAUGGUUCCCAUCAUCAUGGACUACUAUAUCAGCUUCAUCAAGGCAUUGGAUCCAAACACGUUUCGGAAUGUGGACGCUCCUAUGUGGAAGACCUGGGGAUCUGCAAAUGGGGAGCGGUUGAGACUGCAAACCAACUCCACCGCGAUGGAGCAGGUGCCUAAGGCGCAAGUGCAACGAUGUGCGAUGUGGCAGAAGUUUGCGACGACGAUGGAGCAGUGA